AUAGUAUCGCAUAAACAUCGAUUUUGGUUCCAGCUCUAACUUUAACUGUCUGCAAAAUAUUUCAAACAAAAGUGUUUGUUAAUUAAGUAAUAUACUUAAUAUUAGUGGCUGUUUUGCUUCGACAUUGAUCGAAUUGCGGUUGUGCAAGUGUUUUGUUUGAUUUGUUGGCGUGUUUUUCCUAGUUUGGCGGCCCUUUGAACUCGUUCGUGUAUCGCCAUCUCUCUCCCACCCCCGCAAUCGGCUUCGUGCGUAUUUUUUUGUGAAUUUUUACACAGAACUCACACUUUUGUAUGGCCCAAGAAUUUGUACAAUAUUUUUGCACUUGAAAAACAAGAAAUAAUGAAGAAAGCCAAGAUAAACGCGACGAUGUGCAAGUGCUAAUCAUUCAGUUUUGGCAAGCGCUGAACUUCGCUGACUUCUUGAACAGCAAAAAAGAUGGAGGAGGAUAAUGCCAAGGUCCUAAGUAAUAACAACAAGAACAACAGAAACAACAAUAAGGGACGCCAGCAGCUGCAGGGACACGCCCACAGCUCCGCCACCGCCCACGCCUCCGUCGAUAUAUUUAUAUUCGAUUUAUAGUAGCUGUAGUUGUAGUCAUGCCAACAACAAAAACGCAAACACAGACAACAACAACUUGCAGCGAAGAGGAAGAAGCGGCGAUAAUACGAGAAAAUUGCGAUACGCCAAUGGCGACCCCAGCAAAUGCAACAACAGCAAACACAACAACUGCAGCACCCAUAACAACAACAACAACAACAGUAAAUACGCGCAGACAAGAAGAAGCAGCAGCAGUAGCUUCCACACCUAGUGUUACGAAAACGGCAACAACAACAAACAUACUAGCCGCUGCAGCGGGAUGCCACAAGCCGUUAUUCUUCAGCCGCCGCUUUCAGGACAAACGGAACUUUAGCUCGCUACCGCUCUUCGUCUACGCGACCUCGCCAUCAACGCACGCCCACUCAGCGGACGGAGUAGGCGUGGCCAAGGAGGCAGCCGCGUUUUGCCACAAGAAUGAAGGCUUCGAACCUGCAACGCAUGGCAUCAGCAAAACGGACGGAAGCUGCAUCAGCCACCACAGUCAGAGCAACGGGAACGGAAUCGAAGGCGUCAACGGAGGCGGAAUCGUCGGCCACCAUCUCGGUGGAGUCCUGCGCACCACUGACCUGGCCAGCGGGGCCAUGGAAUGCCUGCCGAUGAGCAGUGCUGCCCAUCACCCACAUCUGAUGGCGGGUGCAUCGGCGGUAGGAGCCGUUUCCGCCUCUCCCACGGCGACCGUGGUGGUGGGUGCCACGUAUCCGCACCACCUGCACCACCACCACUUGAGCCACCACACGCCGUACAGCAAUAGCUACGGGAGCCACCACAUACACAGCGAGCAAACCAAGUCGCUGCAGGAGCUGCAGCACGAGGUUGGCGCUCUGCUGGAGUUCCGGGACCUGGUCAUAGAAACUUUUCCCGACCUCAAGCACAAGAUGGCCUCCAUGUCCGCAACGCCCUCGACUCCCACGUCUUCGGUGGGUGCCAUCGGUGGCAGUCACUCGGUAGGUGGCGGCAGCUCCUCUCUGGCCACCAGCAGACGUGAGUGGGAGCCGGGCAUACGGAUGAAGCGAAAACAGUCGCACAAAGAACCGUCCACGUCGUCAGCGGCAGCUGCUCCUUCCUCCGGAGCUGAGGCGUCGUCCUCGUCGCUGACACGCAGCCGUAGCAACUCGCACAGCGGCAAGAAAGAGCCAAAGAGCGGAGAGAACAACAACGGAAGCGUUGUGCAAGACUCCGGCUUCUCAACGGAGACCAGUUCCUCCAAGGAGGGCCACAGUGCCUCCUCCACCAACGGUGCUAUGACGGUGGCCAUAGCAGCGAAUCGCCUGAGCUGCGCGGAAUCGGACGAUGAGUUGCUCAACCUGCUGGACGUUAUUCACCGCAAGUCCAAUCGAUUACGCGAGGAAGUGGAGCACUUGCAGAGCUAUGAGCGCCAGCACGGGGAUGCUCAGAAGACAGGAGGCGAAGGCCAGGGUGCGAGCAAGGAGGGAAUGACAGCGCAGCAGUUCCGAGAGCAGGUGGAGCGAUUAAAUCGCGAGGAUAUCAAACAGCUGCGCAAGGAGCGCGACCGUCUGCUUGACAAGUUGGCCGAAAUGGAGGCGGAAACGCUGACCGGACGCAUUAAGGCGGCCAAGAUGAGCGACCAGGUGGAGGAGUUGGUAGGAGUGAAGAAAGAUCUCGAGGAGCAGCUGAAACUGGCGAUGGCCCAAAAGCUAGAGUUGAGCUCGCGGGUGCAACAGUUGCAGCAGCAGCAGCAAAGUAAAAGCUCUUCCAGCGGCAGUCAGUCGGAUUACUCCAGUCAACGCAACUUUCUAUCCUCAGCUACCACGGUGCUCUCCAAUGGCAGUCGUCCUAGCAGCAACGUCAUCAGCAAUAACACAUUCCAGCCGGUCGUACUUGAUCAGCCAGCGCAGGAAGCAUUCCAUCAAAGCCCAGGCAGUGAUAUUCCAUUGAGAAAACAGCAACAGCAAUCCUUGGGACGUCUUGAUGGCAUCGUUAGCACGCCCGGAACGCGCAACUCCAAGUGCCGUUUGACCGACUCCAAGCGAUUUGCGGCCAUUUUGUUGGAAACUAAUGUAUUGGAGCUGCAGCGCCACUUGCUCACCCUCACCGUGCAGAACCAGGUGCUGGCCCAAAAGCUGGAAUCGUCCAGCAAGUCCAAGACGCUGCUGGCCAAGCGGCUGGACAAAAACAGCGAGGAGUUCGAACAUUUGCGCUACCAGCUGGAGGAGAAGAAUAUUGAGCUUGAGGGCACCAAGGCGCAAUUGCGGCUGGUAGAGUCUCGUCUGCAGGCGAGCAAUAGCACCAGCAACUCGUAUCUGCACUCCUCACAGCACGACUACGAGACCAAUCGCUCUUCGGCUUCCACCACGCUAAUGCUGAGUCGUCGUGGAGUUUCCGAUUCGGUGGACUCUACCUCGACGGCUAUGCCUGCCCCGCCAGUCACACAGAUCAGUACGCCCAGCAUGAAGGCCAUGGUGCCGCUGGCCAUGGAUGAGCUGCAGCAGCACAGUAGUAGCACGGAGUCGGCGCACGAACACGAGAAUCAAGGGCUUCAAACACCCAACAGCACCAGCUCUCCCCUCAGUAAGACGAUCAUAAAUGCAAGUCCCUGUCCGGUGGGAAGCAGUACGCCCAGUAAUAUAGCUGCCCGUGUGAUGAGCAUCAGCGUGGGUGGAGUGAGUCCGUUUGAGGCCAUGACUCCUCCGCCGCGACAAAAUGCGUUCCGAAAGUUUGGAAGUGCCAGCAAGCCCAGCAAGAUUCCGUUGCCGGGCAGCAAGGCGGCGGCCUAUUUUUCGGGCAAACCGCCAACGGGAAGACCGUCGACGGCGGGAAGAUCUCCUCCAUCGGCGAACAAUUCAAGUAGCACCUCGUAUGGCAGUAAAUCCUCGUUGAGCAGAAGUACGGGAAAUUUGCAGAGCCUGCGAAGAGCAGAGACGUCCGCCUCCAAUCACUCGCUGAGUACGAAUACGAGCCGGAGUUCUACUUCCUCUUCGAUACCGCUGGCCACCACACCUUACUCAUCCGGCUCGACUGGCAAUCGCAGCCAGCCGACAGCCGCAACGACUCCGUCCCCGCGUGUGCUCCAGAACUCACCGCUGCCCAAGCUGAAGCGGGAUACGAUCAGCUCGAGGGUGCGUCAUCUGGACUCCCUGUCACGUGCCCAGCAGACGCCGGAGGGCCUGAAGGGUACCACCACCAACUCCACCUCCAUUGCCGCUCAGCUGAGCUCGACUCUGCGCAAAGAUCUCCAGCUGAGUGGAAACGGGACCGGAGCUCCCUAUAAUCAGCACCACCUGAAUCACAGGCGCAGUGGUCACUCGCCGGCCUCGAACUCCUCUGGCAGCGGCGUGUCCAGGCGUUACAGUAGUGCCUCGACUGGGGGGUCCGGUGGUCGAGCCAUCGGCCGGGAUCAGGGUGAGCCCACCACGCCCACAUCCAGCUAUGGCGGCGACAGUGAUAGUGGCAAGGUACGCACUCUCAAAUCAACAUUUUUGGGUUGGUUCAAGUGAAUUAUUAUAAUACUACUGAUAAUACCGAUACAUACAUUUAUAUAUAUAUAUAUGAAUAUCUACUGAUUACCGUUUAAUAUGCCUUCGAUAACAUUUACGAAACAACAAAGAACCACAAGAAUCAUCAUCUUCGUUACAGUUUAUGAAAUCAAAUCAAAACGAUUUAAAACAAGUACAGAAAUCAGCAGCUUACGAACCCGAUAUUAACUGUUUACGUUAAUAUUCAUUGUUACGUACAUAUAAUUUAUUUAAACAUACAAUUAACCCAUGGCAUAUAUACUCUAAAAACAUAUAUACUACAGUUACAUGCAUAUAUUCUCGAAAUCAAAAAGUCAGAAAGAAAUGAAACACGUUAGCGUUUCGUGCCUAAGAAAGGAAAUAUGUUUUCUGCCCUCGUUGUUUGUCUUAUUAUUUGUCAAAUGCGAUCUUUUCAACAAGAAUUAGAUAAUUUAACAAUGACUGUGUUGCCAAUAGGAGUAUUUCCUAUUUUGUUUAAGAAUGUUUGCUUCACUAACGAAAGCGAAGAAUUUAUCAAUUGAUUGUUUGUAGCACAUGUUUACAAUUUUGAUAUCAAUUGUAAUACUUGAAUAUUUGUUGAGAACUAUAAGUUUCCCAUUACAGUAUCAUGAACUUAUAACAAAAAUAUAUUUCGUUGUAAUUUUUAUUUUGUUCUACCUUUUUUUUUUGUAAUCCAAAACGUUUCUAAACUAUUUCUUGCCAUAGCUAUAUCAGCUUCACGAAGAUGACUUUUCUGCAGAGUAAAAGAAAAACACAAGCCCUUGACAAAUUAAUAAUUCUUCGGUCCAAGAAUGGUCAACACACCUCACUAGUCUCAACAGUAUGUUCGAUAUUUCGCACCCUAGAAUACAGUUUCAAGACCCUGCUGCUAUUGCUUUGGGUUUGGGUCGUUGACUCAACACUUGGCUAGUGAAAGGUGCAUCCUAUCAAACUCUCACUGCCUAUCGAUGCCUUAGGUGCUUAGUAGCCGGCUUUAAUUAAUCAGCAAUUUCACAUGCAACUGCAGCAACAACACUAGCAGCGGUGCCAGCAAAAACAACAACAACAACAGCAGCAGCAAUGUUUCCUCUAUAUAGUUAUGUAUAUACAAAAGAAAAUGAAUCAAAAGUCAAAAGCAUGUACGAUAUCAUUUCAUUUACUCAUAUAUUAUGCAAAUCACGAUUAUGUGUGGCUUAGUAUAUUUUCCUCAAGUAUGCAUGCCUCAUUGUUGGAUCAGCCAGUUUCUCAUUGUGUUCGAAAGUGAGUUUAAGCAUAAUUAUUAGUUUGCGUGUGUAUUUAAAAAUUAUUAUUAUUACCAUUGCUUUCUUUGUAAUUAAUUUAAGCUAUACUUAAACUAUUAUUGGGCUUAAUUUAAAGGCAUAUUUAUUAAUUUGUGUAUGAAGCAGCCGGGCUUAUACCAACCUAUGCGUGUACGCUAUAACAUAAAAAUAUAAAACCGAUUAUAUAGAAUAUGACAGACUUUUCUAUUUAUUUCUUAAAUUUUAAAAGAAAAAAACAUUUCACUUGUAUUGCAAUAACAGAAAGACUUAGUUAGAAGAAAGCCAGUAAGAAGUAAGAACGUGCAAGAAGUUUGCUUUUGUCGUAUGAUUUGAUUGCGUUUGAGGAAUGGUACUUUCAAUCAUCAUGUGGUCGAUAGUUCAUCCGAAGAUCCAACUAACAACACACUCAUAUUCAUCCACAUUUACACCAGGGCAAAAACACCAUCGACAGCAUAGAGUGCUUUGUUUUGGCUUUGUUUGUGCAUUACAAACCACCCAAGAAAGAAUUCAAUUAGAUGAUCACACUUGAAAUAAUUUGUAUCUAAUGCUGUAAUUUCUUUUUUACUUUUACUUUUUCUUUCUGCGCCUUUCUACCCUGUUUGUAUGUCUACUCCAAAAACAAAACAAUAAUUUAUACUGUCUGUUGUUGUCAUAACUCACAUAUAUACUCGUCUUUUGUAUAUCCGAAAAACUGACCGAUCCAAAAAUAUCCCCGCAAAAAAAAAAAACAUAUAAAAUAUGAAUGUACAUAAAAAUAUGUCCAUCCAACCAACCAACCAAACAACCAACCAACAAACAACAAAACCAACCAACCCAAAAUCCCAAAAACCGCCAACAAUCCAAAAUGUAACUAAAACCAUUGUGAAAACAGAUACAAGCCACUUAUCCUAACAAACGCCAGGCUACACUGAGAAAAUAAGCAUCGGAGUUGGUAUGGAUAGCAGAAAUUACCCAUAUUCGUGGACUAAAGGUGGUGUACUGAUUGACUGAUUGAUUGACGUGUUGGUGGUGAAUACAUAUAUUUCGACUGCAUGCCAAAAAUAAAAAAAAGAAGAAACUUAAUCCUGAAAUGCUAAACAUGUAAUGAGAGUGCGACUGGAGUUUUUGGUAUCGGACAGCCACAGAUAAAACCGAUGGCCAAACGAAAAGGAGCAGCGCCCUCGC